CGGGUCGGAGGUGUAGGGGGAUAGAUUAGCGGGGACGACUACAAUGAUAUUAUAAUAUUAUCGCGUGAAGCAGACAUUUUUAUUUUACUAUUACCACACGGAAUAGCCGACAAUAAUCGUCGAUGCCGUGAGUAGAACUCUAACCCGCAAUCCGUUUGGACCGGCGGCAGUGAGUCGGUAGACUUUAAUAUUUACAAAUUGGCGAUCAAGGUCGCACAUAAUUAAUAAAAACACACGUUCAUUAGGUUAGAUUCCUUCCUUAUAAAUUAUAAUAUUAUUGUUCCUCGCGUCCGAGUACACGAAUACCCGUCUAACUAAUAAUUGCGCGUGCCUCUAAUGGCUGUAUAAUAUUAUAAGGACGAGCACGUGUACAGCACGUACGUUCGAGUGCCGUACAAUCGUUAAUAAUUGUUUGUAAAGAUAAAUCUUUAUAAUCAUUUUGCGACAGUGGAAAUAAAAUGGUAACCGCCAAGACGUUGAUCGUUCUCGCCGUCGUCUAUUGUCUGCUAAUCGCCCGCGUCUCAAACACGGUACGCGGAUUGAGAAACGUGAGUCCCGAAGGUACGUACACGGUAUUUAAAAUAGAUACCUACCUAAUUGGUUACAAAUUACUACGAGCGAUAUUUUAAAUUUAUUUAACAACAACGUGGGUUAGGUCCAUGGGCAAAUUGGUUCUUGGUGGCUGUAUACACCGCUCAAAACUGACAAACAAAAUCAUUACCCAAAACAAAAUGAAUUAAUGUAUCUAAUUAUAUUCGACGGACGCUAUAAAAUUAAAUUUUAAAUGUUAUUAUAACUGAUACUACUUAUAUUAUACAAUUAAACAUAAUUAUAAAUCUCAUAGCUAAUAUAAUAUGUAGUGUAUAAUACAGUAUAAACCGUUUAUAAUGACAUUCUAGGGACUAGUCAAAAUUAAUCAAAAUAACUGAUUAUCAUUAUAAAAAAAAAAAUUAAUUUUUAUUAAAGUUUAUAAAUUUGAACAAGUAUAAACACAAUAUGUAUUUAUAUGAACAUAAUAUUGUAUUACAAUCAAUACGUCAUAUUUUUAUCACUGAAUCGUGACUUUAAUAUACAUAAAAACAGUUGUUUUAUUAUUUUAAAAUUAAAUAAAGUCAUUAUAGAUAACAGAUUUUUGCAAUAUAAUCAAAAAUAACCGUCAUAAUAUCUGUAUAUUAGUUAUACAGACGACAUAAAAAUCUAUAUAAAUGAAUAUAUACAAUAUAGGAGUUUUCCGGGACUUUCAAUCUAAUGUCAAUACACUCAAUAUGUCAUUAUAUACGGUAUCUACUAGAUAUUUAUUUUAAAAUAUUAAAACAAUUUAAUUUGGUUUGUUGGAAAAUUAGAGCCCUUGAAAUGGAUUAGCCCAAAAAACAAAUUGCAGCUGUAGUAGGUACAUUAAUUACCCACACACACAAUAAAUAUCAAACAAAAUUGUGUAGCUUCAAAUAAAGAAUGCAUUAUAUUAAUUACCUGUUAAUUUUAAUUGUAAUUAAUUAAAUACACGGGUAUUUAUUGGUUAAAUUGUUCUUACUAAAUUAAUAAAUUAUUUAAUAUUUCUUUAAGAGCUUCUAUGAAAAUAAAUUGAGAAACUUUAAAUAGUAUCAACAUUUUCAUUAAUAAUUGAAAUUUUGAAAUAAGUAUAUUAACAAUUAUGAUUUUAUAUGAUUUUGAAUUGAAUAUUUUACACUAAAAUAUUAUCUGUUAAAAUAAUUUAUUUUUAUUUUUAUACAUACAGGAUAUCCCUUUUGUUAUUGAUAUAAUUUAUAAUAGCAAAUACAGUAAAGUAGGUAACUUGAUAAAAAAGAUAAACACGAAUCAAAGAAAUAAAUUAGUAAACAUGAAACAGUAAUAGCGAGUAAACAGUAAAAAAAUAAGUAGUUAUGAGUAAGAAUCUAAAAAGUUAAAGUCAUUAUUGGCACCAUUCAUUUUAUCCAUAUUUAAAAUUGAGAUAAAAUCAAAGCAUCAUUACAGUAAUUAAUCGAAUAACUCUAAUUCAUUAUAGUCUUAUGAAAAACUGUAAUUAAAUAAAUAAUAAUUCUAAUUUUAGGUCCGUGCAACAAAGGAGAAUUAGUAUUUGUGGGGUUUUGCAACUUAUGUUUGUGUAACAAAGAGGGUAAACCCAACCAGCUAUGUGCUACAUCAUGGUGUCCAGUUAAAAAAAGGUUACCAACCAGAAGCGAACUACUCAAUUCAAGCACAAGUUUACCAUUCUCAUAAGAUCAUCAAAGGUCGCUGUCCUAAUCAGGAACACUGGAUAAAUUAUUUCUAUUUUAAAAAUUAUUCUUAUAAUUAUUGAGUUUUAAAUGUAACAAUAAUAAAUAACAAUUUAACUGGGCUAAUUUAUUGUCAAACUCUGGGUAAGAUAAAAUUAGACAAAAAUAAUAAUAAUAUAUUAAUAGCAAUUAUUAUAAGUUUAACAUUAAUCUCUUAACCAUGUUAUAAUAUAUUACUGGUUUUAUAAAAAAUUAUACAUGUUAACCAGUGGUAUUUUAAUUUAUUUUUAAAAAUAUAACUCUAUUCUAUAUAUAUAAUUUAGGGUGCCAGUUAUUUUCAAAGUUAAAAAUUUAAGUAGUGCCAGCCAGAAAUUUAUUUCAAUAUACCUAAAAGUAAGUCUUCUAAAUUUUAAGCUCGAUUAAAAAUAUUUAACAGAUGCGGACUUAAGCUUCAGGUUUUAUGAAAAAAGGUGACAUUGUAAUUUUUGACUUGUAAUAGUUAACAAUCAUUAUCGAUAGACCUAGUAAUUAUCUACAAAUAAGUAUGUAUGCAUUUUUUUCAUUAUGUUAACUCUUUCUUGUGAAAUUGAGAAAAAUAUAUGCUCAUUGCUUAUAUUUUUGAAGAACUCUUGGUUUUAUUUUUUAUGACGAAAUAAUAAAGAAAUUAAUGGUAAAUGAUGCUUUAGAAAAAGAAAUAAAAUUAAUAGAAGAAUUUAGUCAAAAACUAACAAAAGAUGAACAGAAGUAAUUUAUAUUGCAAGUAAAUAUAUCAAAAAUUAAUUAAUUUUAUUUAAUUACUUUAUUUUAUGUUUUAAACCGUACAAGAUUGAAAAAUAUCAAACAUCAACAUUAAACAUACCUACUUAAAAAAUCAUUUUAAUAAAUUUAAUAGUUAUAAUUGUUUUAUAAUUCAAAUUUUUAUUAUAUUAAAAAGAAUAAAAUAAUUUUGCGAUUUGUCCCUUUCUUUUAUUUUAUAAAUUUUACAAGAGUAAUAUUUUAAGAAAACACACAUUACUACAAUAGUUGUUAUGUACUAUUUAUUGGUAACUUUAUUAUUUUAAAACAAUCUCAAAAAAAUAAAAUCAAGAAUUCUUCAAAAAAUAAAAGUAAUGAGCAUAUUCUGAAUAUAUGUUUUGAUAUCACAAGAAAAAGUUAACAUAAUGAAAAGAAAUACUUUGAUACUUAUUUUUAGGUAAUUACUAGGUCUACAAUAAUGAUUCUAUAUGAUUAUUUCAUAAAUUUAAAAAUUGAUCAAUUAUAAGCCAAAAAUUAAAAUUUUACUUUUUUCACGGAACUUUGAGCACCUGCAGCAGCAACCUUAAAUUUGCUUAAUUGGGCGUAAAAUUUACGAAACUUAUUUUUAGGUGUAUUGAAACAAAUUUCUGGCCAGCACUCUUUCAAAAUUUAAAUAAAAAUAUCUUUACUAUAUAAAUAAUUGGCACCCUUAUAUAUAUAAAUAUAUAUAUAUAUAUUUAAUAUUCAUAAACAAAUACACAUAAAUACAUACUUAUAUAAUAUGUAUUUAUGUAUGCAGCCACGUAUACAUACAAAAAUCGAGAGGAGGAGGGGGUGUAAUAAUAAAACAAAUUAAACAUUUUGAAAUAUAAAACUAGUAUAGAGUGAUAUGAAAGUAGCAUUUUUCAAUUUUUGUAAAAGUUAAACCUUUACCCUCUAUCCUCUUGUAUACGUGCCUGUAUGCAUGUAGUAUAUAUAAAUAAGGUACCUAAUUCUAAAUUCCUCUACAUAUUUUAACACCUUCACCAUAUUCAUUUACAGCGGUUUAAAUAUAAAAAAAUUAUUUUACAAUAAGCAAUUACAACAAUGAAAUUGCAUUUAUUCAAAACUUGAACGAAAAUCAACAAUGAUCCAAAUAAAAUAUAUAUAUAUAUAUAUAUAAACAAUUGCUAGGAAUUAAAAUUUUUAUUAUGUUUUGUCUCAAGGUGAAGUUGGUAAAGUAGGGUAUGAUUAAUAUGAUACCUAUAACUUUAAUACAUUAUAGUUUGUUGAAUAAAAUAUGAUAGCAGGGUUUGUCGGGAACAUAGAUAUUAAAUAUAUGGAUAGGCCACUUGUAUUUUUUGAGUGCGUUAAAUUUAACCAGGACAACAAUUCAGCCCAUUGACUUGUCACAAGGGGGAAAAACGUUAUUAAAGAGGUAGAUUUUUUUCAACAGGUAUAUUUAACAUCUUAAAAAUAUCAGCAACUGUCUCCUCUGUAAAAGAUAAAUCAGAAAUAUUUAUUUGAAUUCAACUUUAAAAUUACUUAAGCUUAUGGAAACUCAGAAAAAAUUGGAAAAUCAAAACUUGAAAAGUCAAAAUUUGAAAAAUGCUUAAUUUGGACAGGCAAACCUUGGAAUUUGUUGUUAGAUUUACACUAUUAAAUCAUAAUGUUUGUAAUCAAAAUGGAGACGGUAAUUGACUUAAUUACUGAUAAACCGUGACCUCAUAGUGUAUAUUACAAAUUCCAAGUUUUAUUACUGGAUUUUAAGAUUUUUUCCAUAUUUUGCAUUGGAAAAUUUUGAUUUUCUAAUUUUUGCUAGCAGUUUAAGCUUAAUAUCUUUUUAAAGUUGUUAAAGAUCACAGAAAAAAGUUUUGUAAAAUUUCUAAAAAAUUAAUUUUAUUACAUCUUCAACCAUUCGGAAAAUAUAUAAAAACUCUAAAAAAGUCAAUUUCAAUCUCAAAAUUGAUUCCUCUCUAAUAUAUUACACACAAUUUCAAAAGUUCUAAAAUAUAGACUACCCUUUCUAUUACGUGUGUACAAUAGGAUCCUAGUGGUGCUUCUAAUGUUUGUCCCUCUUGGUCUACAGCCUACAAUGUAUUAAAUAAAGGAGUGGCUCGUCCAUAUAUUUAAUAUCUAUGGUCUGGAAUAAAAAUACUUAAACAUAAUUGAUCAACAAAAUAGAGUGUGUCAAUUGAGCACACGCUUAUCUUAUUUACAUUUGAAUGUACAAUUAUAAAAUAUAUCUUCACUUUAACUUUAAAAGAAAAAAAUAUGUAUCUCAACCAAUUUCAUCUGACUAGAUGUUUUCAUUAAUUAAAUGUGUAUAGACUAUUCAUUGAUAAACACAGUGUACACCAAUUUUGGGUUAUCAAAAGUAUUAACAGAAGUUGAAUUCCAGAAGUAUAAUCAAUAUCUAGUUUUUAAUAUUUGCAACUAAAUAUUAGAAGAGUAAAACAUAGAUUAUAUUAAUUUUAUUAUGAAAAAAACCCAAAAUUCAAAAAUUAUUUAUAUUAAAUAUUCUUAAAUGUUAGGGUUAGCUACGAUGAUUAAAACCUUUGGUAUUAUCGGGUCCACGAGGCUGUCUAAUGACAUUGUCUUCAAUGGCUGAACGCACUAUUGGCUGACGGAGAACUUCAAACUUUGUACUGCCUGAAGAACUAGCUCUACAAAAAUAAAAUAAAUUUAGUUUAUUAAGUAAAACCGUAACAAUAAAAUACAGAUAAAUGAUUAAAAAUCAAAUAUACAAAUAAUAAUUAUUUAAAGCAUUUAAAAUUUUGAUUUUUUAACAAAUAAAAUACAC